AUGCUGAUCGUGGAGAAAGGAGGAGUUUCUCCCCAAGAGGCAGCGAAGACGAAACGACUAGGGAAGAGCAGAGCGAAUGAAACGCGACCGUCCCUGCCCCGCCGCCCUAUGUCGCCCCGCCGGCGUCCGACAAGCAAUGCGCCCCGCGGCCGCGGCGACUCCGAAGUUUUUUGUGAGCGCAAUUUGAUUACGGCUCGCCUGAUGACGCCUGCCGAUCUGUUCCACGCGAGCGCGGGAAUUGUAUCGGUCUUCCGCGCCUUUGUCGUUCGAAAUCCGAUCGCGGUGGCGUCGUUCGAAAUUCGAUCGGACCGUUACGAUUCGGAAAGA